UUAGCUUAAAAUCCUAGGUCCAUCUCUGAGCCAUUCCGUUAUUUAUUUGCAAAGAUACUUAACAACCGAGCUAUUCUUUUCAAUGAUAUCAAGCAUAUCAUAAUGGCCGAGCUAUUCUUUUCAAUUAUAAACAUGCAAAUGCAAUACGUAGAUCUGUUCAGAGAAAGCUGUUGCACCUAUCUUGCUUUUGUACUUCUGAACAUAAGAAUUCAAAACAAAACAAAAGGAAAAUACCUCCAUAUCCAUCCUCUCGUUGGCCAAUCCAUCAUUUAUAUGCAACGGUUAAGGUCCGUAACGUCAGUAGAUAAGAGUAUAAGACUUCAUUGCACCUUCUUGCUCUUAUACUUUUCGAAACCAACCAAAAAAUAAAAAAUCUUUAUUCGUUUUGUCUCUUUGGCAGGAUCCAGAACUUUUUUUUUUUUUUUUUGUCUAAAUUGGCCGGAUCCAAAACUGGACCACAUUUGCCCAACCUACUUAAUAAAGUUUAUAGUUGGAAUAGUCUUAUCUAUAUGGGCUUAAUUUGAUCGCUAUGAACCUGUGACAAUCAUACAUGCCACGACUUGUUGAUAGUUUCAGCUGCUACACAAUUAACUUUGGAACACAACUUGAUAGAUGGAGAAUUCAGAGAGUGGGCAAAUUCCGCAAGAAACAAAUUCUUCAAUAGAAAAUGAAAAUGAAAAUACCGAAAUUCCAGAGGAAUCAAGAACUUCAAGUGGAAAUGAAAAUCCAAAUGAACAGUCGGUAAUUAACAUUGAAAAACUGGGGAAAGAGUUACUAGUGUUGUUUGACGGCCGUAUCUACAGGGUUCCAUAUCACCUUCGCAAAUGGAAUCCGGAGGCCUACACUCCUCAGGUUAUUUCAAUUGGUCCCUAUCACCACGGCAAAAAAAAAUUUCAAACCAUGGAAAAGGUUAAAGAAAGAUACUUUGAUUGUUUCAUGAAACGGGAAAGGGCUGCUGGGGAAGAUUUAGUAACAACUAUAACGAAUAUGGAAGAUAGAAUUCGAUGUUGCUAUGUGGAGACUGUUCAGCUUGGAAGUGUCGAAUUUGUGAGAAUGAUCAGGUUGGAUGCAAGCUUCAUUCUUGAGCUAUUCUUGAGAUGUAAUGAUCCGCGAAGUUGGGAAAUUGAUGAUCCUAUGUUGGUGGAAGGAUGGCUAAUAACUACGGUGUGGCAUGAGUUAUUAUUACUUGAAAAUCAAGUUCCAUUCUUUGUUAUUGAGGAAAUAUACCACCUAGCAUUGCCCUCUAGAUCAAACUCUCUUUCUUUAAUUCAGCUUACUUUCAACUUCUUCGAGAGCUUGAACAUUCAUAAAAAAGACCCAAAUGUUAAAAUACAAAACUUCACUGAUCUGCUUAGACUCUUUCAACUACCCAACGAAGACAAGCUACCGAAAAGACAACGUGAAAUGAUUUUUCCGAAGUACUCUGCAACCCAGCUGCGUGAGGCAGGAGUAAAAUUCAAGGUGGUUUCAAGUAAAUGCGUAGAGAAUCCUCAACAAAAAAGAAAAAGUAAUUGCGUACUGGACCUAAAUUUCAGAAACGGAGUGUUGAAAAUUCCACACCUAGUUUUCGAGGAUAAUACGGAAGCUUGUGUUCGAAACAUUAUGGCGUUAGAGCAAUGUGAUCCAAGAAAAGAAUUAUACUACACGGAUUUCUUUUUAAUAUUGGAUCGCCUUGUCAAUACUACCAAAGACGUGGAUAUACUUUGUGAUAAGGGAAUCAUUGUUAAUUCCCUCGGUGACAACAAUGUUGUGACAUCUAUUAUCAACAAUCUUAAUAGAGGAAUCGGCAGAGAUGAUAUGAACGAGGAUUACUGUCGUCUCUGUGACGCAUUGAAUAAAUUCUAUGAGGGACGCUGGCACAGAUGGAAGGCUUUGUUAAGACAUCAAUAUUUUAGCAGUCCUUGGAGAACAGCUUCUACCAUCGCCGCUAUAGUUCUUCUGGUGCUCACUUUGAUACAAACAAUAUUCUCUAUCAUCAAGUAGUAUAGAUUCUAUGUCUAUGUAUUUUGGAUGGUUGUUUGAUUGUUGAUGUAGUGACAUAAUGGAUAUGUAAUUUCCAAGUGAGCAUUCGAAAAGAAGUCAUUGAAGAUUUAAAGUUGCUUCGAAGUGAGAUCUUGCUUAAGUAGUCUUUAGCUUGAAAAUAAGCUUUGGAGUUAUCAAGUCAUAUUAUGUGUGUCUUGUUUAUCUUUUAUAUUGUUUUUUUAAAUGUUGGAAGUUAUGGUCGUUAUGGUGGUUGUAUCUUAAGACUAUAUUUAUAGUAGAAAUUUGAGAUUCCAAAUAAAGCCUCUUGUAUUAAUCUUAUAUUCAAUGUUAUCGUUAGGUUGAGAAUACUUCCUCUGA